AUGGAAACAUUGGCCGAGCAUCCGAAAGUUCGGAUAAAAGAUCCCGAGAAGGUCAGCCAAAAGUUGAGUAAAAUCAUCGCGGAUGGAUUCGAGAAGUUGCUGGUAAGUUGAGAUUCAGGGGCGUACGGUGGACAUCUGGGAGGGGAAGGUCGAGUACCACAGGUCUGUGGCAUGCACUUACCUCUGGCAAAACCCGUAGAAUUGUGGCAGCCAUUUGCACCACGAAGUUUUUGCCCUUACCAUUUUUUCCUUCGUCCCCACCUCACCCACAAGCGAGCCCCAGGAUUGGUUUAUAAGGACCAUUUUUAGGUGAUCUCGGACUUUGAUUACACCUUCAGCCGAUUCCGUGACGCUGAUGGCGGAGAGUGUUGGACUACUCAUGGUGUAUUUGAAGCAGCUGCCAAGCAUGUUAGCGAAGAGUUGGUUAAGGAGUUUGAUCGUUUGAAGACGAAAUAUCUCAAAAUUGAAUUCGAUCCAACAAUGUCGAUAGAAGAGAAGACCCCUUAUAUGGAAGAAUGGUGGGGAGUGUCGUGGAUAACAUAAAUACUAUGACUUUAGGUGGAGAGACUCUCAUCAGUACAUAAUCGACCACAAAUUUGACCUUCAAACCAUAACCGAAGCGGUCCGGGAGUCUAAAGUUCGAUUCAGAGAUGGCGCCAUUGAUUUCCUUCGAUGUGUUUGCUCACAUAACGUUCCAUUGGUCCUAUUCAGUGCGGGAAUUGGGAACAUAAUUGAAAUCUUCCUUGAUCAGAAUAUGCACGAGAUCCCAAAGAACUUGCACAUUAUCUCCAAUAUGAUGCUUUUUGAUGAAGAGGUGAGAUUGACGGCUAAUGCUGUAGUUAUAAUAUGUAUCAUUGAAUAUGUUAAGUAUCAUGGUUUCAGAACAAAUGUAAGGCCUUCACUGAACCUUUGAUCCACACCUUCAACAAGAAUGCGUCAGUUGUUGGUCAAGAACGACCGUUUUUCCAUUCUAUCGCCUCCAGAACGAACGUUCUCCUUCUUGGAGACUCACUCGGAGAUCUUCACAUGGAUGUGGGAGUGGAGAGAGAAGGUGUUGCCCUCAGAAUUGGGUUCCUUAACUUUAAUUUUGAGUCAUUAUAUCCGAAAUACUUUGAUUCAUACGAUAUCGUAUUAUGGGAUGACCAGACGAUGGACGUUCCUUCUCAAAUAUUCACUCAUAUCCAUGAAAAUAUUACGGCUAAGAAUGAAGAGAAUAGCAAAGAAGAAGGUAAGAGAUCUUUAUCAGGAACUAAACUUGACCUAGUGCAAUAUAUGUCAUCUAUUUCUUACAGUUCGCUCAAAUGGAAAUGAAGAAUCUCGCCAACUGGCCACUGAAGUGCAGGCCUAG